AUGGCUGCAGAUGCAAGCUUUGACUUCUGGCAGGGCAAGAUUGGUACACCCCUGGCGAUACUCUUGCGCAAAGCUGGCUACAACUUGGAAACGCAGUAUGCGCACAUGCGAUUCAUUCUGGACUGCACCGUUCCGGCCUUGGGGCCUGCGUACUCGCCCUCGGGCAAUAUUCUACCCUGGCAAAGCUUUAUGACAGACGACCACACUCCUGUCGAGUUUAGCUGGGAAUGGGGUCAUACUGGCGAAGACCCGAGCAUACGGUAUGCCUUGGAACCGAUCGGGUUCUCCGCAGGCGGCUGUCUGGACCCGUUGAAUCUGCAGGCAUCGCGAAAUCUCAUCAAAGAGCUCCAGCACACCGUUCCAACUCUCAAUCUUCGCUGGUACAACCACUACGCGGAACGACUCCUACCAAACAAUCAUGCCCCGGUCUCGCAACAUACGGCUUUGCUGGGGAAGUCCCCUGCAGAUACCUCAUCAUCUUCUUUCAUAGCCUACGACUUGAGGAGGAAAGGGCCCAUGACAGUCAAAGCAUAUUUUAUCCCUUCCGUCCGGGCAACCCAUUCCAAAGUGUCGAACUUCGACCUCAUUGUCCAAGCAAUCCACAGCCUUCCAGAAGUUCGAGCCGGGGCAUUCCAAGCUCUAGAGUUGCUGACGGAAUUCACCCAGAAAGAUCCUCUUGGCUCAGCACUGGAAUGCGACAUACUUGGUAUCGACUGCGUGCCCGAGGAGUACGCGCGCCUCAAAAUUUACCUGCGUUCCAGAUGCACCAGUUUCGACUCGAUCAGAUCGAUCAUGACCCUCGGCGGUCGCAUCCAGAGCCCAGAAAACGAGCGAGCCUUCCGCGAUCUUUUCGAACUUUGGCAGGCACUCUUCUUCCCUGACAAGCAACAAGUCACAAGCACUGGCGGAGACUUACAGCCAUGCGCCCAUCGCACGGCUGGCGUUCUUUACUAUUUCGACUUUUCCAAAACCAAACCAAAGCCGGUGCCGAAAGUGUACCUGCCCGUGCGCCAUUACGGGAAGUCAGAUUAUCAGAUCGCGACAGCGUUGUGUACGUAUAUGAAGCGAAGAGACAAGCAGCAAGAGGCGCGUCAGUAUCUGUCAGCACUUGAAGAGAUCUUCACCAGUCGUAAACUCGAGAACAGCCUGGGCGCUCAGACGUAUAUAGCCUGCGCUAUCAAAGGCGGCCAGCUCAUGAUCACGUCGUAUAUCAAUCCCAAGAUAUACAGCAAGCCGACUAGCCAUCUUUGA